UUUUUUGACUCUGCUUUUCUCUGGGCUGCUGCCCUGUCAUUUCUUAGUCUGUCCCUCUUGUUCCUCUCAGCCUUGCCUUUUUCUGUUUUCUCUUUCCCGCUUAUAAAAGGAAGUACCCUGUAGACAAAUCUGACCUGCACCUUCCAUUUCAGCUCUUUUGAAUUUGCAUUUGAACUCUCUCGGCUGGCUCUCAAGCACAAAACCCCUGAGAUUCACCUGCGAUUUGCUAUGUACCUGGAGGAUGAGGGUAAAUUUGAAGAGGCUGAAGCGGAAUUCAUCAGAGCUGGUAAACCCAAGGAAGCAGUCCUUAUGUUUGUCCACAACCAGGAUUGGGAAGCAGCUCAGCGUGUGGCCGAGGCCCAUGACCCUGACAGCGUCGCUGAGGUGCUGGUGGGGCAGGCCCGCGGGGCCUUGGAGGAGAAGGACUUUCAGAAAGCUGAAGGGCUGCUGCUUCGGGCCCAGAGGCCAGGCCUGGCCCUCAACUAUUACAAGGUGGGCACUGGCUUCAGGACCAGGAGGCCAAGUGAUUGGGUAUAAGAGAGAGUCCACAGGGAGCCACACUGACCCCUGGUCCCAAGAAAGGCUGGGGAGGAUAGU